AUGGAGGCCAAUGUCUCCUCCGGUCUCUGGCUGACCAGCCCUGGUCCUUCUCCUGCCAAGGCCAUGUCUGACCUGAACGCCAUCAUGGACCUAGUCCAGGUCGUCUUCUACACCGUGGUCUGUGUGGGGGGCUCGCUGGGCAACGGGCUGGUGAUUUGGCUCACAGCCCGCCGGGCCGGCCGCUCCGUCAACUGCGUCUGGUUCCUCAACCUGGCGGUGGCCGACUUCAUCUUCUCAGUCACCCGGGUGGUGCCUCUGGUGAAGAACACCUUCUACCGCGGGCACUGGCCUUUCGGCGCCUUCCUGUGCCAGGCCACCAGCUUCAUCAAAUACCUCAACAUGUUCUGCAGCGUCUUCCUCUUGGCGGCCAUCAGCCUGGACCGCCUGGCGGCCGUGGCCUUCCCGGUGUGGUCCAAGAACCGCCGGGGACCCCACCUGGCGUGGGCGGCUGCUGCCGGGGCAUGGGGGGCGGCCGCCGCGGCCAGCCUGCCCUUCUACCUCUACCGCAACCUGGUCCCAGAGGGGAAGACCAACAGCCUCAAGUGCUCCUUGACGCUGGGAGAAGGACCCAAGCUGACGCUAUAUCUCCUCCGGCUGCUCUGCGGCUUCCUGGUCCCCUUCGCCAUCAUCCUGGCCUGCUAUGGGGCCCUGGCAGCCGUGCUGAGGCGGCGCCCGGCCACCAUCCGCUCCAGGAAGCCCUUCAAGGUCAUGGCGGCCAUCGUGGUGACCUUCUUCCUCUGCUGGGCCCCCUACCACCUCUUCCUCCUCCUCAAGCUGGCGGGCGUCAAGGGCCAGGCCAUGGCCGUGGGGCUGCCUCUCGCCUCCUCCCUGGCCUAUCUCAACAGCUGUGCCAACCCCGUCCUUUACUUCUUCAUGGGGCUGGACUUCCGCCGUGCGCUGGGCCGCACCACCUUGGCCGGGGCCUUCCGCCGGGCCCUGCUUGAGGACAUGGCCUACUCAGCCAGGUCCCACAGCUGCAGGAAGGAGGCAGCCUCCUCCGUGGACAGGCUGGCCCAGAGCUCGGUGGCCCCCAACCUGGCUUGA